AAACAAUUAUUUGGCUUGGUGAUAAGGCAUUGAAACUGUGUGUUUGUGUUGUGUUGUGUUAUCCAUUACCAUUUGAAUUGCUCCGUUGUAGCAUUCGUCAAUAUUUUGAUUUACAUUCAACAAAGAGAGAAAAAAAAACUGGGGACAGUGCUGCCACCACAGUUGUUGUUAUUUCAGUUGAAACACACCUCACAGUUGUCACAUUUUGGCAGUAAUGCAGAGUAAAAUAGCGUAGCAAGUCGAUUUUUGUACAUGUGCAUCAUACUGUUCCGUUUUUUUUUUCCUUCAUUCAAAUGGGAUUGUUGUGAUUUUGUAAUUUUCUCUUAAUUGAAAUGGAUCCAAAAAGUGGUUCGCAAACGAAUAAUGGUGUAAAACAUCAUGGUGAUCUGGCAAAAUUACCGUCCAAAUCAAAAACAAACGACGCAAAUACAUCAAGUAAACAAAUAGCAGAACCAAAACAACGCGUCAUCAAGCAAAUAGUGUCAUUAGAUCCGAAAAAAUUGAAAGCAUUAGGAAUUGAAUCGAAUAUUUUGUCGGCGCUCACAAAAUUCAAUGGUAAAGAUAAGGCAUCAAUUAAAACGAAGCAACCAACGGUGACGGUGACGGUGACAAAUACGGAACCAUCCACAUCAACCAUCGAAUCUCCGGCACGAAAAUCAAUCAUAAGUGCAGCUAUUUCAUCAUCAUCAGUCAAACCAAUUAUUGCAUUGACCGGUUGUAGCGCACCGGCGCAUAAAAAACCGGACGAAACAUCUACAGCGAAAAAAAUUCAAGUUUUGUCCAAUGUGUUGCUCAGCGAAAAUAAAUUAGAUUUGAAGAUUUUCCCCGUUAUUACAUCACCAUCAUCAUCAUCAUCAUCAUCGACACCCAAAGUUAGUCAUAAGCAUAUUUCGUAUGUAUCGCCUGUGCCAAGGCCCAGCCAAAUAAAACGCGUUAACACCGAUAAAGUGCCAUCCAGCCAAGUGAGUUCACCCGUCGUUGUUCAUCAAGAAAAAGUUGAUUCAACGACUGUUACGGAGAAUAGAGCAGAUAAUCGCACACAAUCGGAAUCGCCCGUUAAAUCACCUACUAGGUCGCCUGUCAAAUCGCCCGUUAGAUUGCCUAUUAAAUCGCCCGAAAAAUCACCCAUCACAACAGUUCAAAAGCCUAAGUCUCCAUUAAAAUCACCUUCACUAGUAAAAAAACACACAAAAUCUCCCGUUAAACAGCCGGACAGUGAGCUGAGUCCGAAAACCAAUGAAAUCGAUUCUUUGAAAGGAUUUUCAUUGCCCGAGCUAAAAUGUUCACAGAAUCAAUUUGAAAAUUUACAACAUGAAGUACACACUAAUCCAUCAACAGUGUCAGCAGUUGAAGUUGAGCAAGAAAAAGAUAUUUCAACAGUUGAAGUUGAGCAAAACGAAGAAACCGAAAAUGUGGAAGAAACAUCACAAACUGAGUCAACAAUAGCGAUCAAUAGCGGCGGCGGCAACGGCACAGAACCGUCAAGUACAUUCUCAACUUCAGAGACAAUACCAUCCGACCAGUCGUCGGACAGUGAAUCCGAUUUGGAUGAGCUAAUUUUAGAGGCUCAAAUAACAAUUGAAAAUGAACGGGAAGUCGUGGAUACCGAUGAAACGGAAGAUUCACCCGAACCAAAAAUUGCACCGAAAAAACCACGACUCGUACAGAAGAAAUUCCUCGAUAUGCUAACGGAACAUGUUGACAAAGAUCGGUUGAUUGAUGACUUUUUGGUAUCAACCAGCAAUAGUUUUCACACCAAUGACAUUUCCGACAGUGAUUCAAAUGAUGAUCACGACAAUUUCGAUAUGGAUGUGGAUGUGGAUGUGGAUGUGAACACAGAGUCGAUAGCUGAAAUAAAUGACACUGAGAAUGUUCGCGAAGAAUCAGAAAAGGUCACGGUGGAAGCCAAUGUUGAACCAUCUGACGGAGAUAUUUCAACAACAGAAACAACUGACAUUCUAAUACAAAAAGUAGCUGAUACAGACAUUUCAAGAGCAGAAUUGGUCGAUACAAAUAUUUUAGCAACAGAAUUAGUCGAUGAAAGUAAACCAGCCAAAGACUUGGCAAAAUGCGAAAAGGCGAUCGAAGACCCAUCACCGCCUGCAGGAAGAAAACGGAAAAUUUGUGCUAAUUCUGAGAUCAGUUCUAAACGGAAAAAAUCAACUUUAAUAAGCGACGAUAAAAUUAAAAGCACCGCAAUGCAAACACAAGACAUCACAACGAAGACAAUUGUCGAGCCGAAAAUCGUAGAAACACCGCUGGAAAUUAUUCAAGAAGCAUCAGAAGUCGAAUCAACGAGUAACCUGCUGGAGCCGGAGCAACAACAGUCAAUCGUGGUAAACAUUGGCGGGCACAGCAAAUCAUUGGCGAGUAAAAGAGGCAAAAAGCCGAAACAAACAAUUUUAAAUGAUUAUUUUGCCGUGCAAAAUUCAAUCCGAGAUGCAACAAAACAAGCAUUGGAUGAGGUGAUCAACAGUGUGUCGACGAAAAGAAGUCGAUCUGGUCGAGUUAUCAAACCGAAAUCGUUUGAUAUUGAAACGAAAUCAACGGCAAAACCCAAACGAAAGACACGAAAAGAAUUGACAAAUGAGCGCGAACCUGAACCAGAACCGAUGAUUGUUCCCGAAAUUGAAGUCAAAACGGAGUCGAUAGCACCGAAGCCACUGAAGAAACGUCGAGAUAAAAGGGGCAACUAUGUCAUACCUGAUGACAUUCCAUCGAUUGACACAUUGAGUGAUAGUACAAUUAAACCGAUAGCCGAGAGCACGGUUAGCAGAGCUACAGAAGCGGAACCAUCACUUGUUAGCUCAACACCAAUUAUUGAAAAACCAACGGCGCGACGGAAAUCAACGAAAGAAACGAAAUCGCAAUCAAUUGAGCCAAUCCCUGGAUCUCCGAGCUACGAUAAUAUUUCGAUCGAAAUAGAAACUCCAAAGAUGGUUCCCAAACGCAAAGGUCGGCCACCAAAGAAGUCACUAAUUCCCAAUGAAACAUUAAGUCAAAUUUCUGCUAUCGAUUCAAAUGUUUCAAUUGAGCACGCGGAGGUGACAAUGAAGCAAGAAGAGUGUACAGAAACGCCCACAAAAGUGAUUCCAAAAAAGAGAAGAGGUCGUACUCGCAAAAUUGCAGUGAUAGACGAUGAAAAUGUUUCAAGUAGUGAUGAUAUGCCAGUUAUGUCUUUGGAAGACCAUUUCAAAACGCCACAAGAGACAGGUACUCAUCGUCGCCGCCGCCGUCCAGCUUCAAAGAGUGACAGCGUAGAUGAAUACCAAACACCUCCGUCUACAUCUGAAUCAAUACCAAUAUCAGCACCAACGGAGGAUCCAACACCAACGGAAAAUUCAAUCGGAGAUGCUGACAGUCACAGUCUUGAACCAAUAAUAAAGAAGCGCGGCAGACCUCGAGUCAAACCAAAGCCAGCCAUUGAAAAAAUUGUCAAUCCAAUCAAAUUGACGUGUGGCAAUUGUCAAGCUGAAAUCCCAAAGAAUAAAUGGAAGGCUCACGAAGCUACGCAUCUUGGUGUCACAUUUCGCGUUGGCCUUGAUGAACCGUUCGAUGUCGAAGAUCCAUCGAAUAUGGGUCGUCUAAUGAUUCGCUAUAUGAAAUACAAUAAAAUCCAAUAUUUGAAAUGCCCAAAGUGUGGUGAGAAAAAGAGAUCAGCGCUUGGCUAUAUCAGUCACGUUGAACUGUGCGGAUUGUCAGAAGAGGAAGUAACUUCGUUGAAAGCUGAAUGUGAAUUUUGUAAGAAACUGUAUCGCAAAGUGAGUUUACCAUCGCAUCAGCAAGGAUUUUGUCCGGUCCGACGAUUGGAGCUUGCCCAGCAACAGGCCGAUCAAAUGGUGGAAACGGCAGCUCAAGACGAGGAAAAUAUCGAAGUGAUUUAUUCAGAAAGUGGUCGACCAAAACGGAUGAUUAAAAAAGUGAAGCCAACGUCAAAGCCGGUUGAUGAUUUCAUAAAGGUUGGCUUGAAAAUCACCGGCGGCACAUACAAAUCGUGGUCGAAUCAGUUGCGUGAGGAGAAUAUUAUCAAAUGUACAAAUGAAAAUUGUACAUUUAGCGUGACAGAUCUGAAGGAAAUGCGUCGACAUUUCAUAAAAUGCAGAGAGUCGAUACUUCAAUGUAAAAUAUGCCUGCAAACGGAACGGUCACGCAAUGCAAUCGUUGAGCAUAUCGAAACUACACAUCCGGAUGAGUUGAAAUUGAGUGAAGUGGAGGAAGACGAUAAUGAUGACGAUGAUGAUUUCAAAGCGGGAAAUUCAUCGUCAGACAGUAGCUACGGUGAUUCGGGAGAUGAUGAACAUGAGCCGAGGAGAAACAAAUCAAUACAUCGUAAAAGAUCGGUUCCAUUGAAGCGGAUCAUGGAAGAAGAUUCGCCAGCCUAUUGGGAAAUGUUGUCCGCAUUUUACACACGAAUACUGAACUCACGGCCCGGUUUUCAUCGUAAAUCAUAUCAAUGGGCAAAGGAAUUUGUUGAACAAAAUUACGAUCUCAAUGCACUAACUCUGACCGGUCACAUGCGAAGCACAUACGAAAUUGUGCGUCUGCCACAGCGUGAAGUCAACAAAUUCCUUGGCCUAUUGCAAUCCAGAUCGGUAAAGUUUCUGUGUCAAAAGCAAACGGAGUAUCAGCAAGCCAAAUCGGAGGUCAUCGAUGGAAAUUGGAGCAAUUUGAAUCUGUUUGAAUGUGUGAAAUCAACACAUGUUACCACUGAGCCGACGACAAUAUUCUGUGGUGGAAAAAUCAUCACAGCCGAUUGGAUUCCAUUCCCAAGCGAGUACAAUGGUACACAAAUACUGGCGAUUUGUGCACAAGGUCAAGGCACACAUCCAAUUAACGCAACAAAUAGCAUACCGAUGACCAAAUGCCGGUCAUUGAUUCAACUGUGGAGCGUGUCAACGAAUGCCGACAGACAAAUCGACAAAACGGAAUUUAUGUAUGGCAUUGCAUAUGAAGAUGGUCCAAUAUGUUCGACAUCAUUUUGCCCGAGCGAUGCAUACGUUGCGUCAAAGCGACUGGCAAUCGUUGCAUUGCCAAACACAAUUGGCAAUAUAAAUAUCAUUUCAAUUCCAGACAAUGUGUCCAGAGCCAAAACGAAUACGCCCACUGUUAUCAAACUGAAGCCGGAAAUUCGACUUCAACUCGGUUGGAAUAAUGACGAAAAUCCAGCACAUACAGUUACACAAAUGGUGUGGUCACGUACAAAAGGCCAUAAAGUGCUGUGCGCCGGCUACAAUUCCGGAUUAAUUGCCGUUUGGAAUUUUGAUCAUUUGAACUCGACGUAUUUGACACAGAAAGGAUCUUCCGAUGGUAUUACCGUUUUACUGCCACAAUGCAGUUUUAUGGCCUCGUUAUCGUUAAUCACACAAUUGGAUCUGCAUUCCGAUGAUAAUGGAAAUGCAAGAUGGAUUCUCGUUGGUGCUCUUGAUCGUCGAAUGCGAUUGUUUGAUUUGCAAGACCCUCAGCUCGUCCCAUUCACAUCAACCGUAUUUAAGAGUCGCAUCAUUUCGGGCACAUGGCCAUUGCAUUGGCCCAUCUAUCUGACCAUCAUUGAUGCGGUACUAACGCGCCAAAAUGGUGGACUUCACAUCAAACCAAUUCUAUACACGAACAAUCAAUCGAGCAAUUCAACGCUGUUCAACGACUGUGAACCGAGCAAUUUAACGUUUAGCGACUGGUUGAAUACCGGCAUUUUUGGCAACGAAAUUGGCGACUUAUUUAUGAUUAAUUUCCAACAACUUUUGGUUUAUGAUCGAUAUGAUGAAAGCUCCGAACAGAAAGUACUCAGCAGCACCGAUGUAUUCGUCGACGAACAAUCGUCCAGCGCUGUUUCGAAUGAUCGCAUUAGCAUUUUAUUUAAAGAUUGUGAGGAUAAAGUGCUGUCGCCAAAAUUGAAUACACGAGGCCCAGAGGUUGAUCAACCACCAAACGCUCGAAUCACCCGGGUCGCAAUCAAUCCGAAUGAAUCACAUCAAAAAUUAUAUGCAGCCGGCUAUGAGUUAGGCUUUUGUCGCAUUCAUUUCAUCCCCGGAACAAUUGGAUAGAAAUCGAACAUAGUUUUAUUGCCUAUACAAACCAACCAAAGCCAAAAUUUAUCACCAACGAAUUAUUACGAUGCUAAGCAAAAUGUUUUGAUUCAUUUUUCUAUUCUAAAUGUACACAGUUCGAUAGCGUUUUAAAAAAAGUGAUUUCCGUUGUGCCUGGCCCACGACCAACUCACAUUUUUGAAGUGUGCACGUCGUCCGAUUCCAUUGCCGAAGAGAAAUUCCGUAGCCAUCAAACGAAUAAUCCCACUACGUUUGGUUAUCAUGGAUCCAAACUCGAGAGCUUCCAUUCAAUUUUAAACUAUGGCCUACAACAGCACUUGUGCAAGGUGAGUGGAUUUUUUUUUCGGCAGUUCAAUUAAUGAUCAUUUUUAUUGUUCAAGAUUUUAUUUCCUCAAAAUUCACUGAACUAUUCAGUGUGAAUGUUAAAAAUAUCAUAAUUUUUGUUUUCGAUUUAUUUUCUUUAGACUGCAUUAUACGGAGAAGGUAUUUAUUUGUCAUCUGAGCUGAGCGUCAGCCUCAUGUUUAGUUCAACUAAUAUUGGAUGGGAAAAUUCACGAUGUGGCAGAAGAAGUUCCUGUUUAGCAAUUUGUGAAUUUGUCAAUCAUCCAAUCCAUUUGAAGUGUCAUACCAAAGGUAAAAUUCCAAUAUAAACCAUCAUUUAUGGAUCGUUAAUCCUAUCACUUAAUCUUGAUGAUAAAUUCAAUCACUGAAUUUAUACUGUCAUUUUCAUGAAAAUUAGCUAACAACACUUUCUCUUUCUUAAUCCGGCAGAAAAAAGCAACCCAAAUGGAGUUCCCGACAAAUAUUUUGUGAUAACGAAUAAUGAAAUAGUCCGUGUGCGCUACUUGAUCGUUUACGGAUCCGAAAUGAAAGCGGCUAGAAAUUCGCGCCUAACUGAAUGCAGCAAUAUGUCGGAGUAUGCAAUGGUAAAAUGGAUUCAUCGUCAUAAAUGGAUUGCGGCCAUGAUAACCUAUGCAGCAAUUUUACUGAUAAUCGGAGCGUCAAACAGUCGACAUGGAUAUUAUAUGAGACAAUAUAUGCGACAGGCAACGCUCAAUGCUAUCGACUACCUAAAGACCUUUAAUUUAUUUGGAUUCAAUUACAUUAAGAAAUUGUUCGGUUGACAAAACUACCGGUCAGUUCACCAAUAUCACAAUUUAAAUCGCCAUUUCAAUGAAAUGUCAAUAGUACGGUUGGAAAAUGUAGGGAAUUUAAUAGCGGGCCGAAGUAAAAUUGUGCUUGAAACUGUGAUGAGAGAAUAUUUUUUUUUAUAAAAUCACCUAAUUCGAAUAAUAAACACGUUCGUUGAUGAGCAUAAAUUAAUGAA